UACAGAACCAGACUCCACCGUUUUCAAAAUCAACUCCAAAAUUAGGGUUUAGGGUUUCAAUCACAGCGAGAGUGAGAAGAAAACAAAAAGUCCAGAGAGCGAUGGAAGGAGCCUUCGCCCAAGCCUCCGCGAUCACUGAUCAGAGGCAGAAGAUCGAGCAGUACAAGCACAUUCUCUCCACUGUGUUCUCCUCCAGCGACGUCGUUCCGGCCAAGAAGUUCAUAGAUCACAUGUUGUCCGACGACGUCCCCUUGGUGGUUUCGCGGCAGCUGUUGCAGAGUUUUGCGCAGGACUUGGGGCGGUUGGCGCCGGAGUCGCAGAAGGAGAUUGCCCAUUAUACCCUUGCUCAGAUUCAGCCUCGCAGCGUUUCAUUUGAAGAACAGGUUUUGGUAAUAAGGGAAAAACUGGCAGAGUUGUACGAGUCUGAGCAGCAGUGGUCAAAAGCAGCUCAGAUGCUCAGUGGAAUUAAUCUUGAUUCUUCAAUGAGAGUGAUUGAUGACAAGUUCAAGUUAGCAAAGUGUGUUCAAGUGGCUCGCCUGUAUCUUGAGGAUGAUGAUGCUGUCAAUGCAGAAGCAUUUAUCAACAAAGCUUCAUUCUUGGUUAGCAGCAGUCAGCAUGAAGUAUUGAAUUUGCAGUAUAAGGUUUGCUAUGCGAGGAUUUUAGAUUUGAAGAGGAAGUUUCUGGAAGCAGCAUUACGUUAUUAUGACAUUUCUCAGAUUGAGAAGAGGCAAAUAGGAGAUGAAGAGAUUGAUGAGGAAGCCCUGCAGCAAGCUCUAUCUGCUGCAGUUACAUGUACAAUUUUGGCCGCUGCAGGACCCCAACGGUCUCGUGUUCUUGCCACUUUAUACAAAGAUGAGCGAUGUUCAAAGCUGAAAGUUUAUCCGAUACUUCAAAAGGUGUACUUGGAGAGAAUUUUGAGGAAACCAGAAAUUGAUGCCUUUGCUGAAGAGUUAAAGCCGCAUCAGAAAGCUGUUCUGCCAGACAAUUUUACAGUCUUGGAUCGUGCAAUGAUUGAACAUAAUCUUCUUAGCGCUAGCAAACUUUACACAAAUAUAAGUUUUGAGGAGUUGGGAACCUUGCUGGGAAUUGAGCCUCCAAAGGCUGAGAAGAUUGCUUCAAGAAUGAUAUAUGAGGACAGAAUGAGGGGAUCUAUUGAUCAGGUUGAAGCUGUCAUACAUUUUGAGGAUGACACCGAAGAGCUGCAACAGUGGGAUCAACAGAUUGUUGGCUUGUGUCAAGCGCUCAAUGACAUCUUGGAUAGCAUGGCAAAGAAAGGCAUGGCAAUUCCCGUCUGAUUUUGUCGACUUAUCCUACAGAAUUGGAAGUAGACCUCCGUUUUUUCACCCAUUCACCAAAUUAAUAUCCUGUGAAAAUCUUCGUAACCUGAAAUUUUAUGUGAAUAUUUUGGUUGUGAUUGGCAAUGGUAAAUGACUUUAAUGCGUCUGUUACAUUAAGUCUUCAUUAUAUGGAGUUUUGGUUUCUCUUGGCA